UUUUUUAAUGUCCGAAGCGGCCUGCGCACCCCGGCUCUUUGCCAAAGCUAUCCUUUCAGCUGCAGUCAAUCUCCAGCUCAUUCAUACAGAAAUACGCGAAAACAUCAUUUAUUGAAUAUUAUUCCGUAUCCUAUCUCUCAAGCACCGGAAGCUGAACAUCAAGAGCAGUGUUCCUCGGAGCACCAAAGCGCUUGCGGAGAAACUCUGAUUCGAUUGUGAGUCCGAUUUGUGUAGGAAGGGCCUUGCUAUACAGUCAUAGUCGGUCGAAAUCCAACUUCAAGAGCUCUCAACAUUCCAGCUCGACGAUCACGCUUCGAGGGGAGGUCAUUCUCUACUACGGAUCGCGAAGUAUUGCGAAACUUUCCAUGGUUGGCUUCUCCAUUCCGUGAAGAAGAAGCGCAACUGCAACUCAUCGGAGGAGGCAGACAUGAGGAAGAAGAGCUCCUCAUUCUCAUUCAUCUGAAAGAGGAUGAAACACGUUCAAGGAUGAUACCUACUAACCUUCUUGCUAUUACGUACCUUCCGGGUGACGUAUUCGGUCCUCUGUUGCUGUUGUUUCGGCUUCUGUCCAUCGUUUCUUGCAACGAGUCGUUGCAAGAGAUGAUCGGGAAAUGCGCGCCUUAGUUGCUUCGUUCGGCACACUAGGAGUUCUUAACUUAGCUGUCCUAUCUUGAAACUUGUUAGGUGAACAACAGGGAAGUGAGAGGAACAGAAGUGAUGGCAACAGGUGAUGUUAGAGGAAAUUUUGAGCGUCUUAAAGUGCAGCUCCGCUCUAUCUCAUAUCCGCAUGCUCUUGAUAUUCAAGGGUGUAAUGAAGGCCUGCCCGCUGCCAUUUUACCUUUGAUUCAUUAUGCAUUACUUGGCUACUCACGCCAUGUUGCCCGUUAUCUCUCUGUCAAUGGAUACGUGCUGUAUGCGAAAAGUGAUCUGCGAUUCGUAGAAUGCGUGAUGAAGCUGCUGCGCAAGGAGUUCGAAUACCGCUGUCCUCUAACAAUAGCGCAGAUAUUUGGGAGAGGGUUCGCAGAGAAGAAAUUUCUCUUCGUACAUGAUCUGAUUCAGGAUCGUUUUCUGAAUAUCUUUGACCUAUUACGUGACCAGAUGUGCAAAAGAAAACACAACGAUCUGCUGAGGGUUGUUCGGAAUUCUGAGAAGCAGAAAACCCCAGUGUGUCGGCCGAAAGCAUUUGGAACUUUGCUUCAUCAAUCACAGCGAAGACCAAUUCUUCGAAAUAAGCAUUUAUCCUCGAAGUUCGACAGAAGAUGCGAGCUCGACUUACUUCCAGAUAUUAAAUGCCGCGAAGUCCGUCAACGAAGUAGUUGCCAAGACAAUACUUGGUUUGUACCUCCAGAAGGCAGAACCCGCUUGAGUGGUGUAGCUGAAGAAGAUGAAGACGAUAUUCGUGCUCAAAGUCUCCAAAGAGCGAAGCAACGUGGGCUGAGAGUGCUGACCCGCGUUAAAGAUCACAACAUCGAUGCAACAUGUCAUAUACCACAUAUGCAUAUUGGCACUGGAAGCAGCGCCAUCAUGGGUGCUCAGAUGAUCCAUAGAGAUCGCGGCUGUGGCUCGAUGUCUUCUGAUCCAGCCUUUCAAGGAAGAGACCGUGAACAUGAGGAGACUUCGCCGAGAUCAAGCUCUGACUUUACCCGUCCAAAGCAUGGCAACACUUCAAUGAGUUUUGGUGACUACCCUGUGCCUCUUGAAGAACCAGUAACCAACAAGAAAUUUGAAAGUCAAUCCCAAACACCGACCACACCAGAGAACAACUGUCCACUUGACCACCUUCAUAAAAAUCAUUUGGCUUCCUCAAAGGCUUGUGGACGUUUCGACAUCCCCACACUCAUUACAGCAGAUGAUCCUCCUCAAGCGAUGUGGCAAAAAAUUAUAGAUCUUGCCAGCAAGAUAGAUUCUUGCUUCUGCUCUUUAGACAACAAGAUAGCCCAGUCUUUCAAUUCUCUGGAUGAAAAACUGGAGACAAAGUUCAAAUAUUUAGAUGAAGGUGUUGCUUCCACAAGAGAAACGUUGCAGGAGAAGUUGAUUGUGCUAGAGAAUCGGAUCGAGAAUUUAGAAAGGACGUCUCAAAUCAGUCCCAUGUCCCUCCAGAGUAAUGUCACUUACAAUGACAGCCAUCCUAUACGUGAUAUUACUAACACAUUCAAUAGCAGCAUUGACAAUCGAUCAUGGAGGAACUAUCCAGGACUGCCGCUAAGGGAUCCUUUGAUAUAUUAUCCAAAUCUGUUUCAACAGCAGGAUACACAAUCUAUACAAAAUAUACCCAUGCAUGCAGGCCUAUUAAGAACAAACACUCAAGACUUCAUUGCUUGUGUAAAAGCUCGAUUUCAUCAAACAAAAGAGAUGUUGAACGUAAAUGACACUCUAUCCUUUUGAAUAGAAAAUACUGCAAGAUUUCGGAUUUGGUAUUGAGUUUACUUUCUGGUAGAAUCCAGAACAAACAUGCGUAGCAGUAGCACAAUUAGGGUGAUAAUCUUGUUGUCAUGCACCUUUUUUUUAAACAAUAUUUUUAUAUAUAGAUUGAAUGCAGAUCUUUUUUUCAAAAGUUUGAAAAGAAGUCAUGUAAAAUCUUGCACAAUUAUAGUGUAAAUUUCAACAAUCAACUUUCAGUUGAAAAAGUGCUUUUCUUUUC